AUGAUUUGGAAGCUGACAUCAACAGCCAGCUUCACGGUCGAACGUCUGUGUAGCACUUUUCACGACUUUCCCAGCGACCUGGAUAGACUCAAAGCCCGGCUAAACGUUGGGAUGCGACGAACUUCCUGCAAAGCUUUCGAAAUGUCGAACGUGGCGAGAGCUCGAAGCCAAAACUACGGCCACGACUACGACUGGGAGUGUCGCUCAGCGAUGCUUGGGUGUCUUCGCAUUCCACGACCCGAACGAAGGACUCUCGGAACUUAUGAACCAUUUCCGUCGAUUAUGGCCAUUCCCAUAAUUGCCAUUCCCAUCAUCGCAUUAUGGCCAUUCCCGCAUUCUCAUCAUGGCCAUCCCCAUCGAGCAUGGCCAUUGUUAUGUUCUUCCCGCGGGACAAAUCAGCCGAGCUGGAUAUUGGCGACGCAAGGCGUUCUUAAUGGGGUCGACUGCGCAAUGGAUGAUCUUUGCAUCGCCCAAGCGCGCCGCCCAGGAUACCUUGAUCGAUGUUGCGACUUGCCCUUCUUUGGUGCCGCUUUCCUUCCUUGGUAUAGAGCAGGGAUUGGCAAAGGCGCAAACUGCUCUCAAGUCCCGUCUCAACAUACUCCAACGGCUGUUGAUUCCGGGUCGUUUGGAUACGAUCACGAUACCACCGCGGCGACGGCUGACCGAAAACGACCAAUAGGAAACAGCAAUCAAAAAACUACCGAGAGUAGCAGUGAAAGGGACUCGAAUGCGGAAGGAAGAUCAGCGAUCUAA